AUGGACAUAGAUGGAGGGGUAUGCGAUCAGACCAUUACCAAUCCAUUGGAGGGAAAUGAUGCAUCCAAAAUUGCUGUUGUCGCAAUUGAUGGCCCACGUCCCUCGUAUUACAGUGACUCGAGCGAAAGCAGCACUGCAUUAAGGAGUCAAGAAGACUCCAGAUCCUCCGAUAGCGACAGCAGUAUGACUUCUGGAUCCAAGGUCAAGUUCUCCAUCACAUGCCAGCGAGGCAGACUCAAGUCGGUUGUGAAGCGCAUGGCUGAAGCAGCCAUGACGGAAAGUGCAGACUUAGCGACGGAGAAAGUUCAAGUUACGUUGACCUUGCAGUUGAAAGGUUGA